AAACUACAUGCAGUACGCGCGUGAUUUGGUGUUGAUAAAAUACAAAAAUGAUUCGUAUAGCAGCCCUCAACGAGGAGGAAUCGGACGAUAGUAAUGGAUUCGAUUCGGAACUCAUCGUCACUAAAGAAGCAGAGGAAACCAUUGCGAUAUCCGAGUAUGUACGAGCGCUUCAGAUGAAGAAAGAAAACAGGCUGCAGGAAGCAUUGGAAUUACUAUUGGAACUGUUGGAUACGCAAGUUAUCAACGAUGUAACAACAACCCAAACGGACAGCAAGCUGUUCGCGGUCAAGUAUAAUUGCUUCCGGAACAUUGGACUUAUAUACGAAGAACAAGGGAAAGAGAAUCUUUCGAUAGAGUUCCUCAUGAAGGCAAUGGAUCUGGAUGAAACGGACGUUUAUACAAUGUCCCGGUUGGCUCGUAUGGCUUUAAAGACGGGCUACCUGCAGAUAGCGAAGCUGUACUUUGAAAAAUGCCUCAAACGAAAUCCAAACCAUUGGCCUAGCAUGGAGGGAAUGCUCAAGGUAUUCUGCAGUGCAUCAAACGUGGUCGAGGCUUACGGCUGGGCCGCACAAUGCCAUCGAAAGGACAGCCGUAACAAACUGUACGUCGACGUUUUGCGCGCCAUCAGGGAAAAGUUCAAGGCAGCGUUAUCGUACCUGGACACGGUGUUCACCGUGCCUGUAGCAAUCGAUUUUGCGGAGGAAGAAAAGCGGAGACCGCUGGUCCUGGCGUUGGCAACGUUCGAUGAAUUGUUUAAACCGCGCCAGUCGGAUUUUGAAACACCCGAUCUGACGGUGAUGCCGGAUACGCUGAAAGAACUACUCAAGAUCGAUGAUCUCAGUUUUGAAUCCAUCGGCAAUGUGCUGGUUAAGCUGCAUGAUGCAAUGGAAAAGUUUGACUUGAAAUGCGUAUUCAUGCUCGAUACUGAUACCCUUUUUUGUGAACGCACAAAAGAAGUGUCGGAAAAAAUGGAAGAAGACGCAGAAAUGUCGCCACCAGUGGCCGAAUGUGAAGCAGAAGUUCCCACUGCCAAGGAUGACGUAAGGACGGAAGUAGAUGAGGAAGAAAUAUGUGAAGAAGCAAAUGAAUGCAGUAUUGCUGCUCCAAGCAAGAUUAGCGAUGAGGCUAACGGAAAUGGUACAUCUGCAGCCGAUAGUGCCGAUUCCGGUGUUGAUGCGAACGAACAAAAGAACAAGGCGCGUAGACGUGGAAGUGAACUAAAAAUCCUCGAACAAUGGGGAUGGCACAAAAAUCGAAGAUCGACACGGAAGAAGAGCGUCCAGGAGGUGAAUGAUCCAGUCGAUGCGACCGUAGAUUCAUUCUUUAGACAAGCAGUGAAACAGCAUUUGUCAAACGAAUUACAAGUCAAAGGAUCACCAUUUGCGUUACAAGAGCAACAAGAACAUAAUACGUUAAAAGGAAAGGAGCAAGAAUCUGAAGCUUCUAAGGAACCGACCAUCGGUAGCACUAUUAGUCAAUCCGAUUUUUGCAAUGAAUGUAAUAUGCAAAAUUUUAUCUCCGAAAUGAAGAAAAACGACAUCGACGUGUAUGCCCUGAUGUACGGGUUUUUGGCUCACCUUUCCAAGUCCUGGGGACUACCGAUGAAGCCAGAACUGCGAGACAUUUAUCUGAAAGUGCACGACUCGUUCGUUGAGUUCACCGACUACGACGCGUGGAAUCAGCUGUCCGACGAGCAGUUGGAAUUGAUUUUUCAAAUCACGGUGUUCCAUUUGGAGCUGAAGCUUGACGCCGGUCUAUGCACGCAGUCCAGCGAGCAAACUGAGAGCAUCUUCGACACAUUCGAUGAAGCCGUCUUCCAUCGGUGUCGUUUCUAUGUGGACAGCUUGCCCAAUCAGAACACAAUCACAGUCUACCGCAUCCGAUUGCUGUGGCUUGCGUAUAUCCUUGAUUGUAGCGUGAAAAAGUUUGAAGAUGCAUUGGACAAUUUAUAUUUGCUUCAAGAACUUGUUAACACUCCCAAUGGUGGACACCGUUUGGAACUGAACUUUCCAAAUCAACGUGCCAACACGAACAUUAGUAGUGCAUCUAUUCGUGAGUUAAUCGGCGAAACGGAACGGAAGCUACGGAUCGAACGCGUCAAGCGUCACUAUGAGAGUGGAGAACACGAGCAAGUCGUUGCGAUUCUGAUGGACACAUUGCGAUACUACACAACGUUGGGAAAUCCGAACGAGUCAAUCCUAAGUCUCACCAUUCAGACGCAGAUGCUAUUAGAAUCACAGUGGAACAUGGCUGAAAUGGAGCAAUGCUUCAUCUGGUCGGAAAAAUCAUUCACUUACUCCGUCCAGCAGUUCGUCACCGCAGCCGUACAGCAUGACAGCCGGUUGUCUCGAAUGUGGGCCAGCAAUAUAAAUUUCACACUUCUCUACCUCGAGUCCAUCAUCAAGCAGGAAGGAGUGGGAAUGUUGGAUGUGCUGGACAGAAACUUACCGAGGCUGAUCCAAACACUUCAUCGGCUUCUAACGCACCAGCUCGAUCCAAGCGGGGAGAAAAAUUACACUGCACAGCUCUGCUUGAUUGAGUGCUGGAGGGCGUGGAUUGUACUGUACUACAUCUUGGAGAGGCAAGAUGAUAUGGAUGGCUUGGUAAAGGUGAACCGGCCGCCAGGCAUCGCGGACCUGAGUGGUACGUUCGAAAUGGAACCGGAGCGACUAUGCAAUUCGAUCAUGAUGUGUUUCGUGGCGCACGAACUGCUAGGAAAGAAAAACUGGUGUUCCAAGGGUGAGAGUGGACUUUUGUUCCACAUACUGGACGUGGUAGUGCCGAAGAUUCGUUCACCAUUGCUAGAACCGUUCCGGGAGAUGUUGAACGAGUAUUUGGAGCAGGUGACCUACUGCUUGUACGGGUACCCGCAAAAGCGUCCACGUUUGCGCCACAUACAGGACCACUGUGCGUCGCAAGUGACACUUACCUGGGAUCGAGCCAUUCAGCUCUUUGAUCUUUACCGCCCGGACAGUCUGCCUGAGUUUAAUUCCUACAAGUUAGAAUCGAUCUCUACCGACAUGGAAGCACUACUCCAACGAAUCAUACCGCUCAUCCCUACCGAGAUCAACAUCACGCGGCUGUCCCGGCCCAUCUCGGAGUUUAUCGAUGGCAAGGGGAACACGCUGCCGGAAGCGGCCAACAUUUUGCAGGGUGAAAUCAAACCCAUAUUUUACCUACUCGCCGAUUUUUACUUCAAAAGUCGUGAUUUUACCCGCGCCAUCAAGUACUACGUCAUGGAUCUGACACUGGAACCGUCGCGAUUUGACUCGUGGGCCGGCGUAUCGCUGUCCAAGGCGAGUAAGGUGGAAACGAAGCUAAACUCAACCGAAAUCAUACCGUUGCAGGAAUUUUUGGAUGAAACCGAUAAUGGCAUGAAGUGCUUUGAUCAGUGCUUGCAGCUAAACGAAGACGAUCAGCAGUUGUGGAUCGAAUACGGCUCAUUUGCCUACAACAUACAUUCGUUCUGCUCGCGUACGUUGAAGCUGCUGAGUGAUACACUUUCCAUGGAAAGUUUUGCGUUGGUCGAAACGCACAAGGAGCGCUGCCUGGACAUUGCUUUCACGUGUUUCAACAAGGUAAGCCUGGGCAAAAUGUGCUUCACCGAGACCGAAGCGAACGAAGCCGAUCGGCAUGAGCAGCACGACUCUGGAAGCAACCACGAGGACGAAAUCUGGCUCCACCACUACAUGCUCGGGAAGAUUGCGGAGAAAAAGAAGGAACAUCCGGCCGUCUACCUAACGCACUAUCUCAAGUCGGCCAAGUAUCUGUAUGAAUGUAACGCGACCUAUCCGAUCAAGAUCAACCACAGCAGCCCGUCGCAGCUGGCGAUCGAGGCGUUGGAGGUAUUCUACCGCAUCAACGCGGCCAUCAUGAAGUACGUGGAGCAGCAUUCGCCGAUCAACAAGAAAACGGCCCGCCUGUUCCUGCGCACUCUCAAGGAGCUGUCCACCAGCCCGUUUGCCGUGAACAGGGCGAAGAUCAACGAAAACAUGCUGAAGCGGAAAAUAUCACCGAACGCCGGCGGGAACGGAAGUAAUAGUAAUCCUGGUGUUUCGGUGGCUGGGGGAGCUGCGAUAGACGUGCAGGGUCUAUCGUUCCCGAAAGUGUCGAAAGGUGGCGAUCAACCGGUGGAGGGUACGAUCGCUGGAGAACAAGAAACAACGAAGGUUACUUCACCACGAGCUGAAGAUGAACCGGAACGUGCAGAUACACCAAUCGUUCCGCAGGAGGCUCCCGUCGAGACGGUUUCUACAACCCAAGCUGCCAAUCCAAUGGAACCUGGCGAGGGUAAUCGGAUGGCGAUCGAUGAGGAAAACGUUCCAUCCCCCCCGGUGCCACCGCCACCAGGCCGAGCGGUUGAGCACAUCCGAGUGGAGGAAAUUAAACAACUCGGCGAUCCGUUACCUACGCUACGGCGGGGAUCGCAAGAGAGUGCCAUAACGACAACGACAACGACCACCACGACGACCACCAGUACCUCAUCGUCAAGCAGUGACUCGUCGGAUAGUGAUUCGGACACAUCUUCCGAUUCCGAUAGCGACAGCACGUCGACGGAUGAUGAGGCGAUUAACCAGCAACCAAUAGACGCCGCGGAUCGGGACACCAUAUUCAAGCUGUGCAUCAAAAACCUGGAGGAGUGUAUCACACGCUUUCCCGAGCACUAUAAAUCGAUGUACCGACUGAUACAUCAUUUCAUGCACGCGCCAGGCCUGACCAAGUCGUUCGAUAAUGCACGUCAGCUUCUGCUCGGCACCUACCGCACGACCCUCGGCAAUCAAAUCCCGGGACUUUUCACGGAGCGCAAAACAACCAAUUUUUUCAACGGUUUGUGGAGAAUUCCCGCUUCUGAUAUUGAUCGCCCAGGAAACUUCGCCUCGCAUAUAUCGAAGUGUGUGAUCGUGCUCAUGGAAACGCUCAAAGAAUUUAACGAUCACGAGAUCCUACUGGACUUGGCAUUGCAGUUGCAGCGUACACCCGAAGCGGAUAAGAAAUAUCUGAACGAUUACGAGCGCAAGGAACUGGUCCAGCAGGCCAUCCUGUUCUGCGUGCAAGUUUACCGGAGUGUGCUGAAAAAGUGCACCGAUCGGCACAACGACACCGAGCUGCUGACGCUAAUGGUCGACGUGUACAAGGCGUACCGGAAGAUCCUGAAGCACCUGCAGACGAAGGAACCGCUGUUCGCCGGCGUACUGAUCGACGCGUACAAGGUGUUCGUGAGCGACAAGGUGACGAAGCUCCCGGAACACGGUUUGCUCGAUUUGUCGAUCAAGCUGUGCACGUACGAGAUAAACUACCGCAAAACGCAGGAAAAGCAGCAAAGCAAUGCCGGUGGAACUGGUACUGGUGCUGGUAGUGACGGAGGUGGGAAUGGUGGAAAGCAAACUAUGACGAGCGGGGAGCUUCCCGCAACGAUGAUCGUACCGAUGCAACCAAUUUCUGCGAACUUUAUCCCGGGCCUUACAAAGCAAAACAGGCGGCUAGGAACAGUGAAGGCAUUGCCACCCUCAACCACACCGCAUGAAUUACAGCAGCAGCCUCAACACUACCCCAAUCCCCAUCAAUUCACGCAGAGUUCGAUGAGUAGUAUGAUGGCGGAUCUAUCAUCUCGCGUCACCAUCACACCAAUCAUGCUCGACCCAACAUCCGGUGGUGGUGCAACCAGCAGCAAGAAUAAUGCUGCCGCCACAUCGAGCGCCUCCAUGUCCACAACCUCCUUGCUACAAUCAACCGCUUCGCGGACAUCUCCUUUCGCGCCGGCAGCAGCGACAGAUAUUCUUCUACCGAAGCCGGCGGGCGGUGGAACAGCGGUUUCUACCUCACUAAGCUCGCCGUCGGUAGCAACGACGGCAACCAGUCAACAGUCUGCCCUCUUCCAGCAGUAUCUAAAAAUCUUCAGUCAGAUUCCAAACAUAUCUUCGCUCGGCAACAACCCACUGAUGACAGCAGCCCUGACGGAGUAUUUGGCUACCUUUAAUAUGCAUAAGUCUGCCACAUCUCAGCUACAGUCUCCCACUGGCGACCGAAACGUUUCCCCGACACCUCAUCCCUUAUCACCAUCCUCCACUCUUCCGCAAGCAAAGAACACGGGGAUGGCAGCAACCGGGAAAGAUCACGUCCUUAGCAAUCAGCCUUCAACCACUUUCACAAAUAUUGGCACGAAAAAAUUUUCCUCGAAAACUGUCUCCUCCACUGCGACCCUAAGCUCCGGUGGUAGCUACGAGCAGCAGCAGCAACAACUCGCCACGAUCACGCUCACCUCGAUGAGUGCCAUGUCGGGUACGUCCUCGAAUGCUGCGAAGAAAGAUCGCGUCUCGUCACCUUUCGGAGCGCAGCGCGUAGCGUCUCCCUCACCCAUACUAACCAUCACCCCCUCGGAGGGUCCAGCACCGGUGGGGCCGCGACAAAAAGAACCCGCAACUGGCGGUCGCAAGCCGAAGGUGAAAAAAGCAGGCGGUGGACAGCAGACGCAACGUCCCACGCCAUACGCCCGACCCACACCGCCACCGCCACCAUCGUCCUCGUCAUCGAUGUCCUCCAUACCGCAGCUCGGUGUGCCUGGGCUUUCGAUCGAACCCGUCGCCGGGCCGCUUCUCUCACCGAUGAUGGGAAAGCUACCCCUCGCUGCUUCGCAGACCAGUAAGAGUGGCCCACAAACAGUCGGUCCGGGUGGCAUGAGUACCACCAUGAAGGAUCUCGUCGCUUCCUACACCGAGCUGCUGCAAAAGUAUCCGCACAUGGCACGUUCGGUGCUGAUGAAUCAAAAGAGCCUAAACACCACUACCGGAGGGCCCUCCGGUCCGCAGACCACCGGUGGACGCAAGCCAUCGGCGAAACAGGCUGCCAAAGCUGCAGCCGCCAUGUCAAUGCAGUCAGCUGGUGCAACAGGUCCCCCGGCCAGCGGGUCCGCUGGUGGUAACCGAUUCGGAGGGUCAAACAUGCCACGGAUCGGUGCCACCAUAACACCCCUACCGGCUGCAGGAUUUUCCAUCGAUAGCUACGGAAGGCCAGCAACAUCUCCCAGUGGAAGUGGAAACAGCGGAAAUCUGGCCACUUCCGCAACAGCACUCAACAUGCAACCAAUGGGCAUAGGAUCGAACCAGCAGCAAGGGAAAACACUCCAGCAGAAGCUGGCCGAACGGCAGAAGGCGAAUAAGGCACGGGAAACGGAAGGAGUCUCUGGCGGCAGCGUUAUGACGGGACAACCUAAAUCCGGUGUCGAUUCGGACGAUGUUAUCGUACUCGAAUGAUCGUAACAACAACCUGUAACUGAACGUAGUGAAUAAAUG